AUGGGAUCGUCAGACGAUGAUGAACAGUGGGAUACACCGUCGGCCCAAAUAUCAUCAAAUCUACAAGCGUCAAAUCCGUCGCCAAACUCACUCGAUCAUAAAGUACAUUUAUAUUUGCUUUGGACACCGGAUGAUCAAUUUGAAUUUAAAAUACAAGCAUCAUUCAGUAAAAAAGUUAAAUUUAAUUUUGAACAGAUAUUUAAAUUCAAUGCUAGUCAAAAUCAUGGUCCAUCGGUUUAUCGUUUAAAAUUAAAUUUAUUCAAGAAUAGUGACGGGACGACAUCAGUAAUAUUCAAGGAGCGAAUUCAUCCAUUGCAAAAUUACCAACUAAGAAUAUCGAAGAAAAACUUUUAUGGUGGCACAACACAUUAUGAUGAAGUAAUAAGGAGCCGACAAUUACUUGAGCUUAACACACAAUAUCAAUUCUUAUUCAAUUUUGAUGUUUCUCAAAGCUUUACAAAAACUGUUCCAGGUUCCAGUGUUCUGUUUUGGUCUCAGUUAUGUUUAUUUACGUAUUUUAUAACUGAACAGAAACAAUUAAAUUUAUUUGAAUCAUUAAUCACUCAAUUUGUUUCAAUUUUAAACGUAGAUGAUACCAAUCGAAUAUUUAAUAAAGAUAAUUUUAUAUGGUUUUUUGAAUCGUGCUAUAUGCAACUAGCACACAUUGAUCAGUCAAUACAAAAUGAUUAUUAUUCAGCAAAAAUAAUUCUUCGGAUGAUGGGCAUCAUUCAAAUUGACAAACACAAUUUUUUCGUAUUAAAUCCAUGUAUUCGAAAUUUUUCUCAAGUUUUGUUAAAAACAUUUUCACAACAUUUAGAUGAAAUGUUCAAAACUUUACAGGAAUCCGAAUGGCUUCUAAUGAAAGAUGGAAUUAUUAAUUUAAUGUGUAUUGAUAUUCACUGUGAUCAAUCGGAUCAAUUCUAUCAUGAAACACUAACUCUUUUACAACGUAUUCCAACAGAUAAAAAACGACAAAAAGAUAUCGCAAGUGGAUUAUUAAAAAAAUUAGUUGAAAUUUCAAAAGGCAUUGUACAAAAAAACUGGACAGAAUUAUUCAAGUUAAUCGGACCGGACGAUAUCAUACCAUAUGAUUCUUUAAAAUUAGCAACGUCAUUGAAUGAUUAUACUGUUUGUCUAGAAUAUGUUUUGAAAGACAGAGAAAUUAAGGACGAUUUAAAGUGGCAUACUAGAGAAAAUUUGGAAUAUAUGUUGAAUAGCUGUCAUCUUUCAAUUCAUUUGGAAGAUAUCGUUAAAUUAUUGAAAAAUUUGCAACAACCAAAUGAAAAUUCUAAACUAAAACAAAUGAUCAAUGCUGUGAUGGAGUCAAGUGAUAAAUUGCGAUGGAAAGUAAAAGAUUAUCUGAAUAAUUUAAAAGUUACAGAUGUUCAUUUAGAACCGUUGCGAGAUGUUUUCCAUUAUUAUAAUCCCACAUUUUUAUUUGGUAUUGAUAAAGUUCAAUAUUUACUUCAGACAAUUACUGGCUAUGAAAAAGAUUCAUUCGAAUUUUAUAUCAAGUGGUUCAAGUAUUUUCUGUGUGAUGCACAUUAUAUACAAACAGAAAAUGACUGGAUUGACUACAAGACACUCUUGAAUGCAUGGUUAAAAAAACUCAGAUAUAAGAAUGAUUUAUUUCUAAAAAUAUUAAUGGAAAUCGAUGCAUUGAUUACAACGUUAUCAGCCGUUAUUAAUCGUGAGAACGAUCUGCGAUUGAAACAUUUUAUUAAACAAAUUAUUGAUAUAUGUUUUCAACAUGGUAUGAACUUUAUAUUUGAUACAAUAUCAAAAGUUGGGAUGUAUAUUCAUAAUGAAUUGUUCAGAAAAGAGUUUGAAGAAAAGUUUUCUACCGAUUAUAUUCACCACAACAGAUACUACAUAUCGCAGAUGGAUCACGGUAAUCCACUAAGUCGAUUAAUUGAACUAACCAAGCUUCAGCAGUUACAGCAUUUGGAACAAAAUAUUUUGUUGUUGCACUUAAUUGAAUCAUGUGCAAAUACUGUUAAAUUAGAUACGAAAGACAUUCUAUACGAUUCGUUUGAAAACCCACGAGCUAGUACAUUUUUAUAUACGAUUUUAUUUGAAAAUUGUUUUAAAAAUAUGACAGUGCAUCAUACAGUUCUUCAGCAUUUGGAUACCAUUUGGACAACGUGGGAAGAAUCUGGUUUGAAAAGUGAACAAGUAUGGAAAUUAAAACAUUAUAGUGAUAAUCAAAAGUAUCAUUUUCAUCAGAUAUGGGAUUAUGUUGGAAAAUCAUUAAAAAAACAAUACCAAGUUGAAUCAUUAUUCGAUAAAAGCCAAAAAGAAUUGCAAGAAAAAAUUAAAAUUAAAGAUAAAGUGUUUUUAUGUUUGAAUACGUAUUGCAAAGAGGGAAACGAUAGAGAUAAAUAUUUGACGUUUAUUCAACAGAUGCAAGAGCAAUUCGAUCGACAAUUUAUUAGUUCCAUCAAAGUACCACUGCCGUUAUACAAACUACUUCCUUACGCCGAUCAAUUAAAUCCUUUCGUGACGUCCUUGACCUGGAUGAAGUUUUAUGAACAAGAGAAAAACAUUGAAGGAGCACAUACUGAUGUGAUAACAGAAGCCGAAGACUCAAAUUUACUGCGACAAGGCAAUAAUAAUACAGAAGAAGAUAACGGCUGGUUUGAUGAAGAUUAUUCUACUGCCACAAUAAAUAACAUUAUCGACCACUUAGAACAACAGCAAAAUGACGAACUUGCUGAAAUUACUCUGGGAAACACGACUAACGUUUCAAAAAAACAGCAGCUGACAACGACAGUUGAACUCGAUGAGAUACAACCAAAAUUUGCUGAUACCACUUGUUUAGAAUUAGUAACAAAAGCAAGUACUUAUUUAGCAUCAUUUCAAAACAGAUUAAAAGUGAUUUCUAAACAAUGGAAAACCACGCCUAUUCAAAAUAUUCUUAAUCUUUUCUCUAAUGCUGAACAAAUCAAUCAUGAAAUGCAAAUACUAAAAUCUUCACUAGAUCCCGAAUCGGUACAAUAUAUCGCAAUAGUAAUUGAAUAUUGGAAAAAUUGUGUAUUUCUAAAGCAUUUUUGUCGAGGUUCCAAGUAUUUACUACAGUAUUUUCAAAUACAACCUGACAAUGAUACGUAUGCACUCUUCGAUAAGCUGUUAAAAAUCAAUGAACAAACUAAGGGUUACUAUUGUUAUUUAUAUUAUGAGCAAUAUACUAACGCAUAUGCACAAAAAUAUAGUCAAGAAACUCUAGGCAUUUGUUCGCAAUACAGUUCUUCGCAUGAGCUGAUUGAUUUUCUCCACGGUUUAACGGCGAAAGACGUUGAUAAUUUAUUGGAAGCCGUAAAUGAUUGGGAUGAAACGUUAAUUAGUACAAAGACAGUUAUUGAUUUUGUCACCUUAAAAACCUAUUUAGAUCGAAUUUAUUCAACUGUUGAAAAAUUGAAGACGGAUAAAGCCCAAAUAACCUUGAGCAAAAUAUUCAGUAUUUUAGCUGAUGUAUUGAACAAUGAUGCUGAAUUCAAAAAUGUCAACGAUUUUUUUCACACAUGUUCCUUGUCACUGGCUGGUAUAAAACAACUUCACAUGGAAUUAACAAAUAAAGAACAAUCAAAACGAACGCGAAUAUUCAAUAUAAUACAAGAAUCAUCAUUAACGUUUACACAAAAUAUUGAUAUGAAAAAACAAUUUGAUGUACAGAUUAUGCCACAAAAUUUGAUUUUUGCUGAUUUAAGUGAAUUACGUGAUCGAGCACGAUUGAUUGAAUAUUCGGGAAAUAACAAACUAAAGAAGAGAAGUCCAGAAGAUGAUGAAAAUGAAAUCAGACUGCUUCGAUCAUUUGUAACAUUUAUCAGUGUAGUUGAAGGUACACUGAAAAACUUAUCAUUAUUAUAUGUGAUGGGUCAUCCAGAUGCUAGAGAAUUUGUUGCGUCAAACACAGUGUUUACAUGUACGCAAUGUAAAUAUCCAGAGUUAAUUAAUUUCAGCGAUAAAUUAACAUAUUUUUUACGGAAUUGGGAAACUACAUUAUGUCAGUCCUAUGAAAAAUAUCCUGAUUUAACAUACUUUUCUUGCGAACAAUUUUGGAUCAUUGCAAAUUAUUUUUGUAAUCAUGAAAAAUUGAAUGAAGAAGAUUGCGGCUAUCAAUUGAUACGUUACAUUGGCCUUCGACCACAUCGCUUUGAUGGUAACCUUCAACCGAAAAGGGGUUUAAAAGCAGAAGAACGAUUAGAAAAUCUUGGAAAAUUUUUAUUAUUACAGCAUGAACACCCUGUUAAUAAUACUCAACAGUACUCAACAUACCCUCAAAUUAAUAAUACAAAGCUGGAUAAAAAGUUUUUUGUUAUUGAAACAACUAAUGAUGGUAUACUUCGAGCUAUACUUUCGCUCUUCCACUUAACAGAUAACCAACCGCAAGUAAAUCAAUUAUUUUAUUGUAAUGUCGAAACAAGUUGGAUGGAAAUACGAGCAUUUAUCUAUCGUUGUUUCUAUACAAAUGAUAAAAUACAUCAAUUAAUUCGACCAGAACGGCUGUCACCUGAAAUUCAGGACCAGUUUACUCCCUUGAUUAAGAGUUUGCUUGUUAAAGAACCACAACGUUUGUUUCGGAUGGGUAUUAUAACUGAGGAAGCCACAGUACAGCUAGUUAAUGCUUUGAAAACAACGCAGCUAGUGAAGAUAUUACGUGACACUGAUUUGCUAAAUCAAAAAGAUUUAGACAAAAAGAUUCAAUCAAUGGUUGAGAAUUGCACCGUUGUAACGUCACGUAUUACUGGUCUGGGAAAAACGAGUUAUAUUCAACAACAAUCCCAAAAAUUGGGAAAACAAUUGAUUAAAUUUCCAAUUAGUGGUGAUUUGAGUGUCGAUAAUAUCGGUAAACGCCUGUUGAAAUUCAGUACUUUAUUCUGCAAAUCAACAAUACAUUUUGGCAUUGGCUCAAUAAAAAAUUCUCAGUUAUUAAACGAAGUCAUAUAUUGUCUUUGUCUAUUUCGUAGUUUUUGUUUCUCACAAAUUGCUGUCAAUAUACCAAUGGAAACACCCCUUUAUUUUGAAUUAGAUUCAUCACCAUUUUCUGAUUUACAACAGAACAUUGUUCUGUUUAGGUGCGUAAAACCCACUCAGUUCGAUAAUGCGAUCUGGAAUGAGUUAAAUUUUAAUCAACCCCGUGUACAGUUUGUUGCUAAUUAUUUACAAGCAAUUAAUGACAAAACAAUCUUGCAAAGGGACAUCAACCUUGAAAAUAUGCAAAAUUUGGACGGACCAACAUGUCUGCGGUUAAUACAAAAUUACUUUUUGAAAAAUAAAAAGCCUGAAUAUAUAACAUGGACACAAUUCAACAUAUUUGUCUCUGUAUUUCAUACGUUAUUUACCGGUUUUUCGAAAUGUGGUUAUUUUCUUGUUGAUUGUUUAGAUCAACCACAACUACGGAUGGAUAUUGUUCAAGCAUUUCUUAAAUCAUCCGAUCAAUUCACCUCUAUAUCAGUCGAAGCUGUUCGUCAACAGCAACGGUCAGUUGGUGAUAAUACACUCCAGCUUGAAUUCAGUGAUGCUAUUGUUCGAUGGGACAAAACGCAACCGUUUACACUCGUCUUUACAUCGACCGAUGAUCCGUUAUUUGUUUAUAAAACAUCGAGUGACAUACCAAAAUCACUCGUGGAUUAUUUUAAUCAUUUUUAUCGAACAUUACAAGCGACAGUGAAAGCACCUGCUCUGCAAGCCACCAUAAAACUGACCGCUGCAGCAGCAUCAAUGAUGCCUCCACCAGAAGUACAGAACAUGUUUCCAGAUUAUAGCCAGCUUUCUCACGUACAAUUUUUCCUCAAAUUAGCUUCAUUAUCCAAAAAAUAUUUUAACAAAUCCAUCUGUGGGAAGUGUUUCAGGCAAUAUCCAUAUGAUACUGAAAAGUGCACGCAGUGUGUAUCAAAAUACCUACUUGUUCGUCCACAGACACUUAACAAUGAUGACAUCACCUUAUUUCAAACGCAAAUUGCAGCGUUAGUUGAAUCUGAAUAUGUUCUUACUCCCGAUAAUUAUAUUAAAAUGUUAUUGAUUUAUCUACGUAUCCAAAGUGGCCUACCUGUAGUAAUUAUGGGCGAAACAGGUUGCGGAAAGACUGCGCUUAUUAAUUUUCUAUGUAACAAAAUAUUGGAUGAUGAGUUGGAAGUACUUCGUAUUCAUGCCGGCUUCACGGUUACAAAGAUAAUUGAAACGAUGACAAUUUUCAUGCAAAAAGCAGAGGGCUUCAUACAGGAAGCUAAGGAAAAGGCCGCUGCCGAAAAGGCCGCUGCCGAAAAGGCCGCUGCCGAAAAGGCCCUACAGCAGAAAAUAGUUACCAACAAGAACGACGCUUGCUUGAACGUCAAACGUCUAUGGGUGUUUUUUGAUGAAUUCAACACAACGGCAAAUAUUGAUUUAAUCAAAGAAAUAACGUGUGAACGAACUAUGAUGGGUGAAAAAUUGCCAGAAAAUAUGGUGUUCUUGGGUGCUUGUAAUCCUCGACGGCAUAAAACCGAAAAGACUGUUUUCGACGAUAACAUUGGAAUAAAGAAAAAUCGGUAUGAAAUGCAAAAACUAAAUACGGCAGACCGACUUCUUUACACCGUUGUUCAAAUUCCUGAAACAAUGUUGGAAUAUAUAUGGGACUAUGGUUUCCUAGAUAAAGAUACGGAAAGAAAAUACGUUGAAACAAUGCUAAAAUCUUGCUCAAAAUUAGCAUCAAAUGUGAACUGGUUUAAAACAUGUAUCUUCUUAAUCUCAAAAUCACAAAACUAUUUACGAACACUAGAAGAUGUGAGCAGCGUCAGCCUUCGUGAUGUUGCGCGCUAUUGUCGCUUAUAUAAUUGGUUUUACAAAUCAAUUGUCAUCAGAAAGCAACAAAAAGAGAAUGAUUCCUUAUCAGAUAUUCGACGAGCUGGGCUUAUAGCGCUGUUACUCUGCUAUUAUUUUCGUUUAGUUACAAGCGACCAAAAAUCUAAAUAUGUUAAUAUAAUUGAAAAGGUCCUAAUAAAAGUAUCUGGUGGCAAACAAGUUAAUAUCGAAAACUUUCUAAAGAAAGAAGAAAUGGACAUUGUUAAUCGUAUGGAAUUACCAAAAGGAACGGCAGCAAAUCGAGCAUUACGUGAAAAUAUAUUUGCUACAUUAUCAUGCAUUAUAAAUCGUAUACCAAUUGUUUUAUGUGGAAAACCUGGUUGCAGUAAGACAUCGGCCGUACAAAUUAUUAUUAGCAAUUUAAAAGGGAAAAAAUCAAAAGAUCCAUACUUUCAGAACCUACCAGAACUGGUCGCUGUGUCAUAUCAAGGCUCACAAAAUUGUACAUCAGAAAGUAUUAAAAAAGUAUUUGAAAGAGCUGAUAAAUAUAACGAUGCUAAAUCUGAAAUAAAGCUAUUACCGGUUAUUGUUUUCGACGAAAUUGGUCUUGCUGAAUUAUCACCGCAUAAUCCACUGAAAGUAUUGCACUUUGAACUUGAAGUAGAAAAUUGUAAAUACGGAUUCGUUGGGAUAUCGAAUUGGCGGUUAGAUGCAUCAAAGAUGAAUCGAGCUCUAUAUUUGGCAUGCCCAGACCCUGAUCCUGAAGAUUUAAAAUUAACAGGGAUUACUAUCUGUAAGAAUCUGGUAAAAAACGGACAUGAUAUAUGUUUGCGCGAUGAUGUCGUUUCUGGAUUGGCUACUGCGUAUUAUGAUCUGUACAAUUAUCUAAUGAAUACACAACAGAAGUAUGAGAACUAUUUCGGCUUACGAGAUUAUUACUCCUUGAUCAAAGGUAUUGUUAAUGAACUCACACAAGCUCAAAUCGAUAUGUCUAACGAAAAUCAACUCUAUGAAAUUAUUCGAAAACAGCUCAAAAUCAAUUUCGACGGUGUUAUUGAUGGUUCGCUGCUUAUGUGGAAAAGCUUUUGCGAACAAAUGAACAGAGAAGAAGCAAUGGACCAAUAUUCCGUGCCAACCUUCAAACAAUUGCUCGAUCAAAGUUUACAUUUUCGUACCGGUCGAUAUCUUAUGCUGAUAUCAGAAACAGAAAGUCUGAUUGAUUAUGUCGAACGAUAUAUAAAUUCCCUUGAUAUGAACAAAAAUGUAAGAACUCUGAUAGGAAGUCAAAUGUCUGGCGAUCUUGUGUCAGAAAAUACCUACACGGAAUCCUACAGUUAUCGUGCCUUGAUGGAUAUAAUAUUGCAUGCAGAAACAAGUAUUACAUUGAUUAUGCGGCAAAUGGGACAACUGUACGAUAAUCUAUAUGAUUUAUUUAAUCAAAGCUUUUUUGUCUCGGGAGGAAAACAAUAUUGUCGCAUAGCGUUAGGAGCCUUAUAUCAUCCUAGAUGUUUAGUUAAUGAUGAUUUCUAUUGUAUUGUAUUUAUGAACGCCAAAGAUGUCGAAAAAUGUGACGCGCCGUUUCUGAAUCGCUUCGAGAAGCACAUAAUUAAUUUUCACGAUUUAGUUCAUCCGGUACAUUGGAAAAUGGCCGAUCGCUUAUUAUCGUGGUUAGCUGAUCUUUUACCAACGUCGCCCACAAAACAUUUCCCGUUGCUACAACAUAUAGUCGUUAAUUACAGUAAUGAUUAUGUAUGUAAUCUUGUCAUUGGUGCCUAUGAAGAUUGCAAUGUUUCCGUGAAUGAAACAGAACAAGCAGACGUAAAUGAACAUCGAGUUACCGAAUACUGCAAAAAAAAGUUCAUACGCGCAAGUUCAUUCGAUUUUCCUUUAGCAUUGGCUCUGAAAGACACUAAUUUGGAUGAAACUAACACCUUAAUCCAGCAAUACUACGAUAUUCAUGGAGAAAUGAAUCUCACACAUCUGAUAAAAAAGGCACUAGAACACAACAACAAUAUAAAACAAAUUAUUUAUACUUACACACAAGUUUAUGAUACCAUUGAGUAUUCUAAAGAUAUUUCCAUGAGUAUUGAAGAAAUGAAGCUAGGCAACUUAAAAACUGAACUUGAUUUAAUUAAUAAAAUAAAAUCUCACUAUCAGUCCACAUCUGACAUAAGACUGUUGUUAAUACGUGUUGAUUACCAUACAGAACAAAAACACCUAUUGUCAUUGAAACAUCACUUACUAAAUGCUCUGAAUGAAGUUAAAAAAGGAAACGACCAUUUCAUUUGGAUUGUAUUUCAUCUUCAACGAAAUAUGCUGAAUCAAGUGACAAAUGAAAUAUUAUUUAACGACUGGUCUGUGGAUAUGAUUGAUGAUCUCAACAAACACGAAUUGAUAUCCCAGGAUGCGCUCCGUAAUCCAUCAUAUCAAUAUUUAGCCAGCCGAAAUCAGUUUAUGCCAUCUGAUUGCCUGUUUAAUGAAUUGAUCGAUCGAUGUCUAUCAAAAUUUCGAUAUAAUGUCGCUAACAAAGAUUUGGAAAUGAAGAUUAAUUUGCGAAGAAAUGAUAUCAUUGAAUAUUUCACACAAACCGAUAGCGAUGAACAAUUCAACUUACGUCAUAUUGUACAAGAAAAGAUCGUACACUUAAUACAACACAUUCCUUUUACCGAUUCAACACGUUUUAUCGAUUGGCGAAGAGACCUCAUCGCGAACGGUUUUAUUAUAGCAACAUGUCGUUCUUUUAAUGAUGCCUUUCAAACGUUAUUAUUGCAAUUUUAUGACACGUUUUUCCUAACAUUAUUCACUUACUUGGAAGACUACUCUUUUAUUGACAGUUACUUGUUCAUGAAACAGAAUAUUCAAGAGACAACCGAUGAAUAUCAACUUUAUCAACAACUGUGGCUUGACUGUUUAAAUACAGUCUUUUCUAAAAUUACUACGAUAAAUAUGAAUAUCGAUAUCGUAGAAAUACCGCUCGUUUUCGAUUUACAUUUUCCUUGUUCAACAAGUGAAUUUGCUAUCAUAAAUCGUAUAUGUAAUUCUGUUCCGCAACAACAACAACCGGAGAGCGACCAAUGGAUAUGGCAACAGUUACAAACCCAAAGUUUUUAUCAACAGCAUUUUAACACCACGAUUCUCAGUAAAGCACCCAUUUUUCAGUAUUAUUACCAUGAUCUGUUAUCGUUAUUUCUAAACGAGAAUAAAAUCCAAUUAUCCACCAAGUUUGUACUACAAUUAUUCAGCAGUAAUCCCGUAUUAAGUUCCAUUGACAAAUUAAAGUAUUUCAUUGUACAGCAAGCUGAAAUAAUCGAAAUACUACGAAUAUUUGAAAUUUGCACAAAUAUAGUAAAUGAAGAAACUCUGUCAGACAUUUGUGUACGAAAUUUUAAACAUAUAGUAAAACAUUCAGAUGCAACGAUACCAGAAACUAAUUUCUACAUCUUAAUAUUAACUCAGGAUAAUGUUUUCUAUCAAUUGCCACCACAUGUGAUCACACUGAACGAAAACUACGCUUUCAAAUCUUCAGGAGACCCAUACAUCGAAAACUGUCUGAUGAACUUAAUUGAAUUGAUCGUUAGCACUGCAGUAAUAAAAAAUGUUACAAAUAUUGAAGUCUUGUCCACCACUUACAGUCUUAUCAGUCAAGGACUAUUUAGUUUAGAGCAAUAUUCAGUGAACAACCUUGAAAAGCUGCGAUCAUUUCAAAGCUUAAUUCGUUGCAUUACAACUUUAAUUACAACCAGCAACAACAAAUCUUUGCACGUAUUCCAACAUGCCUGCAAUUAUGGCUUUAAUACCAUAUUUCAAUCUUGUCAUACGAUCCAUGAGUUUGUUCUUUACCUUGAAAAAUUGAUUGAAAAAGCGAAAUCAGAACUGGAUGACAUGACAGUUCAUCGAACAUUAAUAAAACUCGAAGUGGAAUUCAUCAAAAACUGGCUAGCUGAUAAUCCAGAGGAAUAUUGCGAUAUAUUAACACUUCUAAAUCAAAGCGAUAAUGAUCUAUGGAAGUACUCAGCGAAAAUUUUUUCGCAAAUCAAUACAAAACUACAUCUAUUCGAAACAAUCAGCGAGUAUCAUGGUACACUCGAAAUAAAAGAUGAUUUAGUCAAGUUGGAACAACAUCUACAAAGUCUUGAAGGGCAAACAAUGAAGGUAGAACGCCUGUUCGUAAAUCGAAUACAUAUGAACUUAAUGCUUCAUGUGGAUGAGAAUGACAUAGAUGCUAUAUUGAAUGAACAUUAUACUGAGUUUGUCGAGCACGUUCAAGAAAUGAAGUUGAUGAUUGCUAACAAACAAAUCGAACAUGUUAAACUAAUUGGCUUGAUAUCGUGGUUAAAGUAUUAUGCACAGAUAUAUGCCUUUGCAUUAAACAAUGACUCGAAACAAGAAAUUAUGACAACGAUUGAUCGUCUGUUGACAACCGACGACUCAUCAUUUUGCUCAACACUCAAAAUCUUUAUUAUUAAACAAAUGGUUUAUAUGUCUUCUAAAACGUUUAACGAAUUAAAAGAAAUAUUUAAGAAUCGUAACCUUGUUUGGAUUAAACCACUAAUUAUGCGGGCUGAAAAACCGUCCAGGAAAGAUCUUAUAUUACCUACUCCAUUAUUCGAAUACAAAAAUGAAUUUAUCCGUGUUAAUAAUGUGUUAAAUCAAUUCAAAAACAUUGAAGAAUUGAAACAGUUGGUUCAACAAUGCGGUAGUAACAUUGGUUUAGCAUACAGUUUUUAUCUCUGGUUCAUCCAAUACUACACACGAUAUUAUCUGUUAGGUACUAAGCCUGAAAAUGUCUUUAUACAAACGAUAGAAGAUGGUCUCCAAAAUGAAAUAACUCGUCAAUUAGAACAAGUUGGCUACCGAUUCAUUAUCAGUCUGUGUAAGAACUUCGAUGACAAAUCAUAUUUUCAUUUACAACCAACAAUGUCAGUUAAUGAGCUUCAUUAUCGUCUAAUGGCACUAAAUACCUUUGCUUUAUUUUUAUCCUCCAAGUCCACAGAAAACAAUACCUGUAUGAAUAGCUUGCUAUUUAAUCAAAAUAGAAAAAUGCCAAAUAGUUAUUUUCAACAUCUCCAAUCAAAAGCUUUAUUGGGUUUAUGCACUGAUGAUCCUAUUGUCAGACAAAUGAAAAAUGUAAAGUCAGUUGUACAAGAACGUCUAGAUACUGGACAGAUAGCGCCACAGGGAAAACAUAUCUAUCAGUGCUCUAUAAAUUGUUUUUAUAUGUUUUAUUUUGAAAACUGUGGCGUACCAGUUGAUCGUGCCAUUUGUCCCUUUUGUAAACAACCAAUUGGCGCUUCAGCCUAUGGUGUUUUAAUUGUUCGUAAUCCACCACAAAUUGAAAUGUCGAUUGAAAAUGCAUUUCAGCAAAUUACACAAUAUGUUGAGCAAUAUAAUCAAAAAGUACGUUUGGGAUAUUACAACAGCAGAACAGCUGAACAUUCUACACCGAAUGAUAAAUCUGAUCAUUUAAACAAAUCUGUUUCGUUUCGCAUCUUACACAUGUUGACACACGCUCUAUACUACGUUCUAUACAAUUUAAAGUAUUUAUCAGAUGAUGAUUUCCAAAAUUUGAAGAUUGAAACUGGCACAUAUUUUAAAGAUCAUUAUGAGAAAGAUUACGAAAUAAUUUCAAAAAAUUCCGUCGAACCAGAAGAAUGUUACGUAUGGUUAUAUAAAAUGUUUAAUCAUAUGUUAAUAGCUGCAAAUGUCAAUGGUCAACUGAAUACAACUGAAAAUGUAAUUCAAUUUGAACAAAUGAUCGAACAACAACUUGUUUUUCCACAUCUUAAUUCAAUGUUAGACGAAGUUAAACAAUAUAAAUUAGCAUAUACUGAUUUUGUCAAAGAAAAAGAUGCCGAAGCAUCAUUAAGUAGUUAUAUGGAUGAAUUCGUUGAGAAUGAAUUACGCUAUCCAUACUUAAAUUUUUUUAAUAUAACAAAAAUGUUUGCAGUGAAUCCAAUUGAUGAAUUUCAUAUAAGUUUACAAACGAUACCAUACGUUGAAAAAUCAUAUCCAAUAACAACAUUUAUUCUGAAACGUUUAGGCGACUACGAGAACAUACAAUAUUUAUAUCCAAUUGUUGAUUUCUCGAAUUAUUUGUUACAGAAAUUUAAUCAUCGUAUAAAACGGAAUGAUGCUGCUGUAAGAACAAUUAAUUAUUAUUUGAAUAAUAAGGAUGAUAGUGAAAAUGAGCGUAACAUCAUGAAACGAUUAUAUGAACAGUUUUUAUAUGCAUGGUAUCAAUUAAAUUUGAAACAAGUAAGAUUCGGCUGUCAAACACCAACAUUUGUUCGUGAACAACGAGCAGAAGAUUUUGCUGAAAACACCAGUAUUGCUUUUCUAUUGCUGAAUACAUCAAAAGACGACAGUAGCUUGCUGUUAGCUGCCUGUCUACGAACAAUAGCUGAAUUACAAAAUGAACUUGUUUUUUAUUAUAAAAAUACAAUUUUGAACGAAUCAAAAGUGAUAGACAUUAAUACUAACGACACCGAAAAACAAAUAUUGAAACGCAUACAAAUACAAACAAUCAAACCUGAACACGUUCUUCAGUUAAAUUCAAAUGAUAUCAGUUUGAAACUAAAUAAAGAUAGUUAUGUAAUUAAUUAUGAAUAUGGGAAAAGCAAAGAUAUCAUCUAUGAUUAUGAAGAAAUCGAAAUAACGUUAAGAAAUCUUAUUGGUCGUUUACGUACAAUCGAUACAAGCAAAUUUUUUUAUUUAAAUUAUCAAUUUGAAUUGUAUAAUGAAGAUAUUUCGUUGAUUAACGAUAUACGCCGACGAGUGAAACAACAGAAGUUCAUUAGCGAUGAUCGAAAAAAAUUGAGAAAAUUAUUACUUGAAAUGGAUAAUGAUGAUAUAAUGCAUUAUCUAGGUUCAUUAGAUUAUGUUUUUACAUAUUUACGAAAUAUUAAUGAUGAUGAUGUAAAUACAAUUCAAACAUUUGUUGAAAAAUAUAUUCGUUAUAAUUCAUGUUUGAAUGAUAAUGUUUUUCGUCGUCCACCAUUUUCAUCAAUAAAAUUAACAAAUAUCAUUGACUUAUACGAAUUAAUCGAAGAAAUUUUAUUUGAUAAAAUAUUACGAAAUUAUAUUAAACAGGAACUGAGUGAAGAAGCAUUUUCAAAUGAAGAACGAAUAGAUGUCAUACAGAAAUUUGGAAAACAAACAUAUGAAAGUGAAAAAAUUGCUCUAUCAUUAAAAAAUAUUGAACAAUGGAUCAGCACCUUGAAACGAUUGAUGAUACGUGUUUUAGGAGCAAAUAUUCGUUUAGAUUCACCAAUUCAAAUUUAUUUAGAACGAACAGACUUGUGGAAUGAAGAUGUGACAGAAAUGGAUAUUCAGACAAUUAAUAUUGAAGAAGAAAUUUUGUUGAAACAUACCUAUGUCAUAUUGAAAGGUUUAGAAGCAAAAUAUUGUGCAAGUCGUGUGCAAGAAAAUGCAAUUAUCGAAAAACCACCAGAAGAACCUGAAACUUUAGAAGGACAAAAAUUAAACGCUAAAACAUGGUUUCAUAAUAAAGCCGCUGUUAAGCCACCGGCAACCAAAGUAUUAGUGCAAAAUGCUCCUAAAAAGAAAUCUAGAGUGUAA